ACAUCUUGUUUCUUGUCAAUCCCCAUCCUCACCACUCCCCCACAAUGGCCACAUUGCCACCGACAGCCAUCGCCAACGUGUUGGACGACCUCGCCGCACUGCAGGAUCAGUCAAGCGAAAGUCUCACCGAAGCGUUGUACUCGUGUCACCAGGCGCAUCAGGUCUACACACACUGCGGUGCAGUCAUCGUGAGGCGACCCGGAUGGCGAGCGAUAUGGCUUUCUGACAGCAGGUUGCACUAAACCCCUUCGAGACGGUGCCCGGGCUGUGUGAGAUAUGCGUGCCUUCCCCUCGCUGAUAGCAGACGGCCACCAGGUUCAGCGCUCUUUCCACAACACUUCUCCGCCAAAGCAGCCUCCACACGUCUAUGCUGUCGGAGAGAACGCGUACCGCGCACUGCUGACUGGGGCGAAGACAAAUCAGACUAUUGUCAUUACAGGUGAAAGUGGCUCGGGCAAAACCAUUUCAUGUAAUCACAUCAUCGACUAUCUCGCGGCACGAGGACAGGCCGAGGAGGGCCUCUCGGAAAAGUUGAUAAACGCAGGUGCUGUGCUCGAAGCAUUUGGCAACGCGCCAACAGCUCGUAACCACAACUCGAGUCGAUACGCAAAGGUUGUCAACAUCCACUUCGGCCCCAAUGGAGGUGCAGUCGGUGCCUCGGUCUCGACCUUCCUUCUCGAGCGAGGACGAGUGACAGACGAGAACCCCUUUCACAUCAUCACCGCCCUUCGACAGUACGACGCGACGGGGACAUCUGAACGAUUCAACAGCGUCUGUAGGGCGCUAGUCGACGUCGGCAUCGACACCCAGGCCCAGGGGCGUAUUUGGGAGAUGCUGCGUGGAAUAGACAGCCUCAUGAAGGGCGACGACGUCGAAGCUGGCAAGUCCUUUGGCGUCGACGCCUUCAACCUCCGCGAAGCCAUUAGAAACCGCACGGUCAAGGUCGGUUCGGAUGUGUUCAACAAGCAGCGCGAGGGUGCAGAGCUCCAGGCUGCUCGUCACGGCCUUGUGCGCUCCUUGUACGUUUGGCUCUUCGAGUGGAUUGUGGAGCGCAUCAAUGUCGCAUUGGGCGCGCCAUCAACAGACUACCCGUGCAUCUCACUCGUUGAUAUCUUUGGGUUCGAAAGCUUUGACGGGCGCAACUCGCUCGCUCAGUUUCUCAUCAACUGGGCCAACGAGCAACUGCUUUGCCACUUGUCGCAGGACAUGCUCGAGCACGAGGCAGACCAGUACGCCGCAGAGGGAAUCAAGGUUGACCGUCCACCCCAAUUGCCCUCUUGCCUACCGUUGCUGGUCGGAACCCCCGGCAAGUUGGGUCAGCCUCCACAGCCCGGCAUUUCGUCAUUGCUCGAUGACGAGACGCGUCGACUCGGCCUCGGCAUGAAGAACGUCACCGACGAAGGCUUUGCACGGAAUGUCGCAAUCGAGUGCAGCCACCACCACGGCUACCUUCGCGCAUUGGCGGCGCACGAGUUCAAGGUCGCGCACUAUGCCGCCGCAGUUUCAUACGACUCGCGAGGCUUCCUCGCCGCCAACUCGGAGCGCGUCGACGUCAAGUUACUCGAGGCGCUGGACAAGGGCGAGGCAUUCGUCCGCACGCUGGUAGAGUCCAAACUUCCAUCAAACAAUACCAGGCAGAAUCCGUUCACCAGUGUCGUUACAUCAUUCCGCCAGUCAAUCCAAAGGCUAGACGCCUUACUCGCCAGCACUCAUGUUCACUACGUCCACUGCAUCAAGCCGAACGAAAAGGCGAUGCCGAGGCUGUUUGAGCACGAACGCGUCCAGAUGCAGAUGGAGGCGACGGGUGUCGCUCACAUCUCGCGUUUUGCACGCGCACAUGGUCCACUCAAGAUUCCACGCGAGGAGAUGUCCUUCUACGCCCUGUUGUUGGGGUCUGGGUUUGACAAUGCCGAAUUGCCGACCGUUGUUGCCCGACUGAACGAACUCGCGGCUGAUGCCGACGGUCGGGGCGUCCAGCUCGGCACCAAGCACGUCUUCUUCCGAUCACAGGCGAUGCAGCGCAUCCAGGACGCGCUUGAGCCUCAGCUAGCGGCCAUCAAGGCGUUCCAGACUAUUGCGAGAAUGAGCCUUGCGCGGAGGUCGUUCCUCGCCACCCGCAGAGCAGCUGUGCGCAUCCAGUCGCUUGCCCGAGGCCACUUUGCCCGCAAGGAGUUCAAGGUCAAACUUGAGGAGGCACGAGCUGCUGCUGCGGCCAAGGCUGCUGCUGAGAAGGCAGCGGCCGAAAAAGCCGCCGCUGAGAAAGCGGCUGCAGAGAAGGCAGCUGCUGAGAAGGCGGCUGCCGAGAAGGCCGCUGCCGAACGAGCUGCUGCCGAGAGGGCCGCCGCUGAGCGAGCAGCAAAGGAGGCGCAGCACACUCGGCAAGUAUCGUCCGCUUCGCAGACGUCCUCGAAUGGCGUCGCCGUUGUCCUCCCUGGGGUGGCUGUCGCCGCCCAGUCCAAUGGCUCGCCCGCGGUCGAGUCCAGGCAACGUGACAUUGAAGGCGGUCGCCCAUCCACACGCACACCCGAUACCGUCGGCUCGUGCAGCACGGCACCUACCACCGUACCCGUUACCCCUCCCAAACAGCGCUACACGAGGGACCUGUCGCACGCGAGGUUGUCGUCCUCUGAAUCUUUCUUCCUAGAAAACUUUGAACAUCCGAGCGUGGACGUCGACAGUGUUGUGAUUGACAAUGCCCGCACAGCCGACAUCUCGCGCGAUAGCUUUGACUCCUCAGGCCAGUACAGUGUGACCAACAGCGUACUCGGCGACUACGACGAGACGACAUCGUCAUCUAUUCCUACCUCGAACCUUCAUUCAGAUCCUCCAGCUAGCGCCUUGCGCGACAUAAAGGGGAACCCCUUGACCGACUCGAGUUCGAUUGCGCAGCUGGUGUACCACCUGUUGCACGCAGCGAACGACUUUGACUCGGCCAAGCGGGUCGGUCUCGUGCUUGGCUCCGUGAUCAGAUGGUACGACGCGGCGAAGCGCCGCUACAUCCCAGAGAUCAUGUCGGCCCAGUUUCUUACUGCGGCGCAAUCUAGCGUCCGUCGCCAGAGCGAGAUCCCCCAGCUGUGGUGCACUGCCGCCAUGGCGCACACCUUCCGCCUCCAGCUAUCACCAAACCACCAGAUGGUCAAGCAGCUCGACCGCCUGCAGGAGAGUGCGCUGGACUUUAUUCUCCAGAAGGUGUAUGGCAUAGCUGAGAACGUCAUCAAGGCCGCGAUAGCCCCCGACUCUGCACGGAAGAUGUCGCCGGGUAGACCACUCCUCGACACGCUGUGGGGCGAAAUGUCCGAGUUCUCAGAUGUUGUGCGCGACGUCACCGGCCGGACGAUCCUCGACCGCAUGUUCCAGAUCCUCAUCACGCGUAUGCUUACGAAGAAGAUCAAGAAACCGGAGGCUGCGCACAUUCUUGGGUCUCUGGCGUGGAUCUGUGAGUGGCGAGAUGAAGUUGGGCUUGCCGAGUCGCCAAUCGAGAGCGUCGCGCUGCUCAUGCUCUCGUUCAUGGCGGGCAUUGAGAUUCACGGCGACGAGGAGCAACUUGAAGACCUGGAGGAGAGCAUGAACCGCCUGCUCUCGGCAAGAUUCAGCGAGAAUGCGCCGACCAAGGCGGCGAAUGCGGCACUGCGCCAGAUUGCCGAUGCGCCGCCAUCUAAUCUUGCGGUUGAGUUGGGCCGUGCGCUGAGCUACGUCGACGUGCACGAGAGCGCGGGUGAGGCUGCGGACCGGCUCGGGGAGCAUGUCAUCAGCAAGAAGCACGUCUACUCGUUCCUUGCGUGGGUGGGACGGGUGGGCAGCACCAGGUAGAUUGAUCGGAUUUUUAUCAGCAUGGCAUGCAUGGUUGUAAUCAGCGCGUCCAGCGCGGAUGCCAACGUCGGGAGCCAGCUG